GACGUUUUUAUCAUUGCUCCUUUUGUUACUUAUGAUUUUAUAGAUCAAAAUGACCUUAACAUCUAAUGUCUGAAACCAUUCAAUCAUCCGUAAUACAACAUUUUUCUUUCAAAAAGGGGUUAAUUGAUUUUUUUGGAUAAUAAAAAAUGGUUAAUGGUCAAUAGGCAUAAAGCCUUUGACGUUGUUUAAUGCUAUUUUGGCAGCUCAAGGAAUCUAAAUAUUCUCAGUCUACAUUUUGAGAAAGAAGAUUUAUUAAAAAAAAAAAGGCUGUUGAUACAAAGGAAUGGAAUAUUCUCCUAUUGGCAUUCUAAGCUAAGAUGUGCAUAAAAAUAAUCACUCUAAUCUAAAGAUUGAAGGAGGAAUUUUGCCAACCUGCUUCUAAUGAUAACUAGAUAUCUUAAUUAUUCAUUAUAGCUUUAUUCCAUAAGAAAUUUUUGUCAGUAACUUUCUUGCUAUAUAAAUCAAAGAGGCUCUCUCUCUUCUUCUUUUCUAUGCAAGGCAUUUUGGAGGUGCUUUUUUGGAGAUGGUUGGAGGAGGAGGAGGAGAAGAAAAGGCUGUGGAAGAGAGAUCAAUCAUGGACAUUAGUCUUAAGGAUCUCUCCAAAAAGCUUGAAGAAUUUGCUAAGGCUAGAGAUUGGGAGAAGUACCAUAGUCCAAGAAAUUUGCUUCUUGCCAUGGUUGGUGAAGUUGGAGAACUAUCAGAAAUAUUUCAAUGGAGAGGAGAAGUGGACAAAGGGUUGCCAAAUUGGGAAGAAUCAGACAGAGAGCAUUUGGGAGAAGAGCUGUCUGAUGUUCUCCUCUACCUCAUUAGGCUGGCAGACAUUUGUGGAAUUGAUUUAGGUGAUGCUGCCACCAAGAAAAUUGUCAAGAACGCCAUCAAAUACCCUCCUAAAGUAACCUGAAUUUGUACCCAAAAAAAAUUUGAGAAAUUUUUGUUGUGUGACUCAAAUUUUGAACUAGAAGAACUUAGUUUCUUUCAUCUAAUGUUUACUGUUUUUUUUUAUUUUAUUUUUUUAUAACUUUACUUUUGUUUCGAUAAUCAUUUCUAGCUCGGUUCUUAAUUAUUGUUAAUAUGUUUUUAUGUUGAAAUUC